AUGUCUACCGAGAGACAGCCACCGGCUCAGCUACCAUGCGUCCAGAUGACACAGCUGGCACUAGGGUUCUCUUUGCUGCUGCCACUUACACACCGAGGAUAUGGUCCAGGUCUCAUCCUACUGAGCUCAGAUAGCGAUGAGCCAUGUGUGAUCAUUGACGGCGUGCCGUCACCGCUCGCCAAAUGGGCUGAGGAAGGAUACACCGUGGUAGAGAUCCAGGAGCGAGCGCUUACUGAUAUCGGUCCCAGCGUCCUCAUAAGCGCAGUAGAGGCUCUGAGAAGCUGCAAUAAAUGUAAUGAUUCGGGCAAAAUUGGCCUUGUUUCCUAUGUCCCAAAGAGCUGGAACAAAGUCGCGCCUCAUUUGGUCACCACGCGAGAAAUUAUAUGUGCAGUGAUCUAUGGAGAUGCAGCAGACAAGGCCAAUAUUGCAUCUGCCCCUAUCCAUAUACUCCAACAUCUCGCUGGCAGCGCAACAUUCCCUUUGGACAAAUCCAAUGACGCCAAGGUGUACUUGUAUCCUCGCCAAGAGUCCUUUCUAUUCGCUACACCCUUUCAAGAUACCUUCCACUAUUGGACUGAAGUCCAAUCACAUACACGAAGUCUGACGUUUCUCAAAGCGACCCUUGGAGGGCCCUAUUUUGACCUCGAGGCCAUCUGGGAUGAACACACCGACUACGAGUUUUCCAAUCGCUCCGUAGAACACACCAUGAGUACAAUGGUCCAGGAACCUUACGUUAACCAUGUGCCCUCGUUGACAGGUGGUAUUGGACGUGUAGCACUGUCGCACUUUUAUCGCCACAACUUCAUCUUUAAUAACGCUGAGGAUACGGAGCUAGAGCUCAUUAGUCGCACUAUAGGGAUUGACCGAGUGAUCGAUGAGUUCAUCAUGAAGAUCACCCAUGAUCGUGAAAUAGACUGGCUCAUCCCGGGGAUUCCUCCAACAUACAAGAAAGCCGAGAUCCCGUUUACGGCAGUGGUCAACAUUCGAGGCGAUCGAUUAUACCACGAGCAUAUCUCAUGGGACCAGGGCACGGUUUUGGCACAGCUAGGCCUGAUGCCCGAAUAUCUCCCCUUCCCAUAUCCUCUGGAAGGCGGCAGAACGCCGAUGCAAGGCCAACGAUUCGAAUAUCGUGUUCCUAUUGCGGGCAUUCAAACCGCGGAUAAAAUGAGAGACAGAAACUCUGUGCCGUCUAAUCAGAUGUUCGAGUUCAGAAUCAGGGAGGUUUCGAAUGAAUGA